AUGCGAGUCAAGGCCACAAGUUUGGCUGUCAGUUGCUGUCGUCUCACAUUUCCCAGCCUCGACAAAGGAUAUGCAGAAUGUCACAAAGGUCUGAAUUUGCCCAAAAAUCGUCGCUUCACAUUUGUCGAGCAAUAUGCCAUCAAUAUGUGCGUAGAGGAAUGCAACUACAUCAGCUCUGGCUACACUGAAAUCGAUCCGCCUUUUCAUUUGGACAUUGGCAACGUCAGACUCAACUUGGAGAACAUACUGCCGUCGCCACAAGCGAUAUCCGUGCCCUUUUUGGUCGAUGCCUUUAUCAAAUGCAGCGUAUUUCGAGCUCAGCAUGGCAAGCUCUUUAAGAUGCAGCUGCCGGAUAUUGAAUUCAUCACGGAUGACUGUAACUCCUUUGCCCUGGACGUGACCAUCUGUGUGCGCAUCCACGCAAUGCAGAAAUGCCCCAAGGAGUUCUACAAGCACGAAAGCAGCGACUGCCAAAUGGCAAAAGAGUAUUUCACGCACUGCGUGGACGAUAUUGAAGCGAAUAUAUCUUACUGAGGAAGGAGUGUGGGAGUUGGGGGUAAGAAAGGGGGAGCGGAGAUAAAUUGGGUUGUGGCAAGGUGCAUACACGAAUACACGAAUUGCACAAGCGUGAGCGCGAACUCACCUCAAAGGAUAUUUGGGAGUUGAGUCGAGAGCAGCCAAAAGGCGAUACGUGUAAAUGAAAUGUCUAAAAGUUCAUAAAGUUCUGCAUGCAUAUAAAUUCGUUGCACUGGCGCAAAAAAACAGCAACGUGGGCGUGGCCCUGCAAGGGGGAGUGGGUAUAUGUGUGUG